GACAGCUGUUCAAGGCACUACCAGAGAGGGAAAGCGGAGAGAAGGAUAUUUGGCACUUCAGCUGUACAGUAUGAUACGCUCGCAGCGUUGCCCUGCUUUUCCAUAACCGUAUUAAUAAAAAUGGAUGACACUCUUAAUUCAGCAACACAGAGAGCAGAACCAGGUGAUUCUCUGGAGAAUGUGACUGCUCCAGGAACCUCUGUCCCCAAGAAAAAGAAGGGGAAGAGGAGGGGAAAAGCAAGGAAAGCUGAGGAUGUCCCAACGAGUCAGCCGUCCACCAGCCAUGUCACCCAGUCGCCCCAACACCAGCGAACCGAGGCCAAUCAGAAGAGCGCAGCGACUAUUGGAACACAGACCAAGUCAACGGCAACACGGGACCAGUCCACGCAGACCCCCGGUGCUCGCUUUGCCAGAGAGACAGUUCCAGCCACAGCCCCAGCUCCUGUCCAGCCUCCCUCAGAUCAACUCCCCCAAGAUCAGUCACUUCCAAGUCAGCCACAUUCACCUGAGCUACCCCUGGACAACUCCGAUCAAGCCAACACUACCAGUAAGAGAAGCGCAAAUGAACUCUUUGUACUGACAUGGAAUAUCGAUGGCCUUGAUCAGGAAGAUAUGGAUGAACGGUUCCCUGGAUUGCUGAAGAGCCUUGCCAAGAUCCGUCCAGAUAUAGUUCUGUUGCAAGAACUUAUAUCACCCAUUGCAGAAGCCCUUGAUGAAAUCAUGAAAGACUAUGAGUUUAUUAUGGGCAACACCAGCGGGUACUUCACUGGGAUAGCACUGCGUAAGUCCAGGGUGAAGUUCCUCCAGAGCAACGUUGUGAACUACCCCACCACUGAGCAGGGCAGGAAUCUCCUAAUGACACAGUUGAGUUUCUCAGGUCACCCUCUGUGGCUGAUGACCUCUCACCUGGAGAGCUGCAAGGAUAACUCCCAGGAGCGGAUGAACCAGCUCCGUCGGGUGUGGAAGAGGAUGAGGGAGGCUCCUGAUGACCACACUGUCAUAUUUGGAGGUGACACCAACCUCAGAGACAGGGAGAUUAAGUGGCUUGGUGGUCUGCCUGAAGGCAUCUCUGAUGUCUGGGAGGUUCUCGGACAACCCGAAGACUGUCGGUACACCUGGGAUACGGUCAACAACAACAAUAAGGACCUCCCCUUCCCAGCACGACUGCGCUUUGACCGCGUCUACAUAAGGCCUAGCAAGGAGGGGGCAAAGGUCAACCCAGUCAGCAUGAGGCUUAUAGGCCAGGAACGUCUGAAAUGCGGCCGCUUCACGAGCGACCACUGGGGUAUCCUCUGCAAGUUUUCCACAGACUCAGUAUUAAGCUGAAUUCAGCUUCAGGAUAGAAUUGAUUAAUCUAUCUCGCAAUCAAACUACGUCUGAAAUUGUGCAGCCGUCAGUGCUUUCUAUUUAGUCUGGUUUUCACCAUACUAAACUCAAUCUUUUAAGAUUGAUCAUUAGUCUGGGGAAGAUGCACUUUGAUUCUACUGCAAAAGAGGUGUGAUCAAUGUGCAGUGAAUGGCUUGUUUUCAAAUGGAUUUCUUAUGCAUGUUGAAAAUAUUAGUGCCUAAUAACUUGAACAAAGCCAUACGAUUUCUAAUCUUAAUUGUAUUGAGUUUAAUGUGUUUAUUUUGUUGGUGGUCCGUUCGAGUGUAAUAUUUUACCUCCGCCAAGGAGGUAUAUGUUUUCAUCGGGGACCGGCGUUUGUCUGUUUGUUUGUCUGUCUGUCUGUUUGUCUGUUUGUUAGCAAGAUAACUCAAAAAGUAAUGAAUGGAUUUCGAUGAGAUUUUCAGGAAAGGUCAGACAUGACCCAAGGAAGAAACUAUUACAUUUCCGUAACACGUGCUGGCGAUCUGAAUAGUUUCGGUUCAAAUGUAUGACAACCUAGGAAGAACAAUGCAGGCGGAGGUAGCUGCGCUUUCGGAGUGCUUUUCUAGUUAUUAUUGUGAUAUAAACUCAUCUGCCAGUGCUGUCCAUCUCUCCAUCUCUGGUCUCAGAAGUGGAACAGUUAAAUAUUCAUAGGCCUCUUAACUGGUGGGAACUCUGAAGCCCUUCUGGCUCCGGCUUCAUAUCUUGCUGGAUCACUGCCUAGCAUGUUUUGAUUUUACUGUAUUGAUUUUUGUUUUAAAUUCAAAUGAUUUCAUAAAGUGCUCUCACAACCUCACUA